AACGUCGUGAGGCUAUUGCUAAUGAGCAAAUGAUGCAGCGAUUAGCAUCAGAGCAAAUUGAUGUAGCUAUGCCUGGACGUGGGCAAGCACUGGGCUCAUUACACCCUGUGAUGAAAACAUGGGAGAGGGUUGAAAAAAUUUUUGCUUCUAUGGGCUUUCAAGUUGCAGAUGGCCCUGAAAUUGAAGACGAUUGGACAAAUUUUACCGCCUUAAAUAGUCCAGAAAAUCAUCCUGCACGCUCGAUGCAAGAUACAUUUUAUGUUGAGGAUGGUUUGCUGCUCAGAACCCAUACCAGCCCAAUGCAGGUACGUUAUGCUAGAGAUCAUGUUAAGCGUUAUGAAAAUCAAUUGGUGAUGCCAGAUAUUAAAAUUAUUGCACCAGGUAGAACCUAUCGUGUUGAUAGUGAUGCGACCCACUCACCGAUGUUUCAUCAAGUCGAAGGUUUGUGGAUCGGAAAGAACACAAAUUUUGCUGACCUCAAAGCUGUUUAUCAAGGGUUUUUAGAAGCAUUUUUUGAAACAACCGCAUUAAAAUUGCGCUUUAGACCCUCGUAUUUUCCUUUUACUGAACCAUCUGCAGAAAUUGACAUUGCCUUUGACAAAGGCAAUUUGGCGGGACGCUGGUUAGAAAUUUCAGGUGCGGGGCAAGUACAUCCAAUUGUGCUGAAAAAUUUUGGUCUUGAUCCAGAAACAUACAUCGGCUUUGCCUUUGGUUCUGGUUUGGAACGUUUGACGAUGUUGAAGUAUGUCAACGUUGGAGAAGCUACUCCCCUAUCUAUCGUGUGUGGAGCCCCCAAUGUCGCUCCCAAUAUGAAAGUGCCAUGCGCAAGAAUCGGUGCAGAAAUUCCUCUAGAUAGUGGUGAUGUACUUCACAUUAAGUUAGGCAAACUGCGCGGCGUUGAGAGUCACGGUAUGUUGUGCUCAGCCAAGGAGCUGGGGAUGAUACAAAUUCAAGAUGGUUUGUUGCAACUUGAUGAUGAUGCUCCAGUAGGUAUGGAUAUCCGUCAAUAUUUGCAACUUGAUGAUACUAUUCUUGAAAUCAAAUUAACUCCCAAUCGUGCCGACUGUUUAUCGGUGCGCGGUAUUGCUAGGGAAGUUUCAGCCCUGACAGGAUCGUCGCUGGUGGUGCACAAGACUCCUGCUGUUGCUGUGAGCUUGGAAAAACGCCUGCCAGUUCACAUCACAGAGCCCAAUUUGUGUGGUCGUUUUAGCGGUCGCAUCAUUGAGGGCGUUAAUGCCAAAGCAAAAACACCCAGCUGGAUGAUUCAGCGUCUGGAACGAGCAGGGCAGCGUUCAGUAUCUGCCUUGGUCGAUAUUUCCAAUUAUGUGAUGUUAGAAAUUGGCCAACCCAACCAUAUAUUUGAUUUGGAUAAACUUACUGGAGACUUGUGUGUUCGUUAUGCUAAAGCACAAGAAGAAGUUGUUUUAUUAAAUGGUAAAACGGUUAGUUUGCAAGAAGAUGUUGGCGUGAUUGCAGACCAAAUAGGGGUGCAGAGCUUAGCGGGUAUCAUGGGGGGAAUGCAUAGUUCAACCUCAGACCAAACUUGUAACGUGUACGUUGAAAGUGCGUUCUGGUGGCCAUCAUCCAUUCAAGGGCGCUGUAAAAGAUUGGGCUUGACAACCGAUGCUGCACAUCGCUUUGAGCGUGGUGUCGAUCCUCAAAAUACAGUCUAUGCACUUGAAUAUUUAUCACAACUCAUUAUAGAAAUUUGUGGUGGUAUAGCAAGUAUUAUUGAUGAUCAAAUCAUCAAUAUCCCGACGACCAAUCCCGUUAACAUGCGCUUAUCUCGAGCUCAAAAAAUCACUGGGAUUGACUUUACGGAAAAAGAUGUCUCAGAAAUUUUUGAUAAGUUAGGGUUUUCUUGGGAAAAAAAUGGCGAUGUUUUUAAAGUUACCGCACCGAGUUGUCGUUUUGAUAUUGAGCGAGAAGAGGAUUUGAUUGAGGAAGUCUUGCGGAUUUAUGGCUAUGAUAAUCUUCCUGUUCGCCCUCCCAUUGCACCACAGCAGUUUUUACCUGUACCCGACCAAGUUCGUAGCGUGCACGACCUACGGCACUUAUUAAUGACGAUCGGAUAUCAUGAAACAGUGCAUUACAGUUUUGUGCCAAAAAGUUGGGAGCAACAAUUUUCUGAAAAUACUAAGCCAAUCCAAUUGUUAAAUCCCAUUUCCGAAAACAUGGCUGUGAUG